AUGAAGUGGGGAUUCACUGGCUCGUUGCUUGCGUUGCUCGCAGUAACAGCAGCAGGGUGGCCGUACGAUGAGUCCCUGGUCGAUUAUAACUUGAAUGUGAACAAGGAUACGACCAACCCGGCAGAAUAUACUCACGCGGAAUGGAAGGGUCAUAAAUUUCAUCCCUCUCCAAAAAGCUGGCGUUUCCCCUUCUACACCCUGUUCAUUGACCGGUUUGUCAAUGGUGAUCCAACUAAUGAUAACAUCAACGGGUCACUAUUUGAACAUGACCUUAACUCAAAUCAAAUGCGUCACGGUGGUGAUGCAGCUGGCUUGGUUGAUACACUAGACUAUUUACAAGGAAUGGGAAUAAAGGGCAUUUAUUUGGCUGGUACUAUACUGAUGAAUCAGCCAUGGGGUUCAGACGGUUACUCGAUUUUGGAUACUACUCUACUUGAUCAACAUUAUGGUACAAUUCAAACCUGGAGAGACGCGAUCACUGAGAUCCAUAAGCGGGACAUGUAUGUCCUCUUUGACAAUACUAUCGCAACCAUGGGCGAUCUGAUUGGAUUUGAAGGGUAUUUAAAUACUACCACCCCUUUCUCAGUCAAGGAGCACAAAGCAUUGUGGAAAUCCGAACGUCAGUAUGUCGACUUCCGCUUUGACAAUGAGUACAACAACACUUGUGAAUACCCUCGAUUCUGGAACGAGACUGGUUAUCCAGUCGAUAAAGAUGUCACAGAUGAGCUAGUCGGGUGCUAUAACAGUGAUUUCGACCAGUACGGUGACAGGGAAGCUUUCGGAGUCUACCCAGACUGGGAGCGUCAGUUGGCCAAAUUCGCUUCAGUCCAGGAUCGUCUACGUGAAUGGCACCCUAGCGUUAAAGAGAGACUUAUCCGACACUCAUGUAUGAUUAUAAAGGCCCUUGAUAUUGAUGGCUUCCGCUACGAUAAAGCGACGCAGGCCACAGUGGAUGCUCUCGGUGAUAUGUCCCAUGCUUAUAGAGAGUGCGCUCGCAGUGUUGGAAAGGAUAACUUCUUUCUUCCCGGAGAAAUCACUGGUGGAAAUAAUUUUGGUUCUAUCUACCUCGGACGUGGAAGACAGCCUAACCAAUACCCAGACUCCUCCCUAGCUUCGAUGAACAUGACAAACUCAUCAGAUCACCAGUACUUCUUACGCGAUGACGGUCUGCAAGCUCUAGAUUCAGCUGCUUUCCAUUAUUCGGUGUACCGUACUCUCACUCGAUUCCUAGGUAUGGAUGGCAACCUGGCUGCGGGUUAUGACACGCCUUUGGACUGGACGGACUCUUGGAAUAUCAUGGUAUUGAGCAACGAUAUGAUCAAUGCUAACACUGGUAAAUUCGAUCCCCGGCAUAUGUAUGGUACUACGAACCAGGAUGUUUUCCGUUGGCCCGCCAUUGAGAUGGGAGUCGAGAGACAGCUUUUGGGUCACUUUAUCACCACACUGCAUCUUCCAGGCAUCCCAAUUUUGCUGUGGGGAGAAGAGCAAGCCUUCUAUAUCCUAGACUCCACUGCGGAUAACUAUAUAUAUGGCCGUCAAGCAAUGUCUCCCUCCACCGCAUGGAAAACACACGGAUGCUAUUCCCUUGGUUCGUCGCAAUACUACAACUGGCCAAUCAGCGCAGGUAGGGAAGGAUGCCACGAUGAAGCUGUUGCUUAUGAUCAUCGGGAUCCCUCUCAUCCUCUCCACAAUAUCAUCAAACAUAUGUUUCAAAUGCGACAGGACUUCCCGGUACUGAAUGAUGGAUACUCGGUUGUCAAAUUGUCAAAACAGACUCAUGAGAUCCAAUACCCGGGUUCGAAUGGCACGGCAACUGAAGUCGGUGUCUGGUCAGUUAUGCGAGAUGUCGUCUCGAACAUUCAAGACUUAAGCGGCAACAACGAACCCGUGUGGCUGGUCUAUCAAAACGACAACAAGACCGUGGAAUACAACUUUGAUUGUGGGAGUAAUGAUUCGGCCUUAAUCUCUCCAUUUACCACAGGGACCACUGUUGUUAAUCUCUUCUACCCGCACGAUGAACUCAAGCUGAAAGAUGGCCCGAAAUCACUUCACCUGAAUGGCACCAAUGCAACCAACGGGUGUCUGGAUAGUCUGCAAAUGAAACCUUUCGAAUUCAGAGCUUAUGUUCCAAAGGCUAACUUUGUUAAACCUCGUCCCAUGAUCACCCAAUUUGAGCCUGGUCACGAUGUGCCGCAGAUUUCUAAAGUCGGGCCUAAUGAUUCAGAAGACAUCGAUGUUAGCAUUUACUUUUCCACCAAGAUGGACUGCGAUCAGGUUACGAAAUCCAUUUCAUUCGAAUCCAGUACUGAAGCUGGCAAGACGCCUUCUAUUAGCAACAGCAGUGUUAGCUGCAAAGGUGUGAAGGGUGAUGAUCCAAAGUGGACUGGUCAAAUCCCCAACGCCUGGGUCUGGACAGCGAAGUUGAGUGGUGUUUACAACGGCAUUCAUCGCUUGACCGUCAAAAAUGCCACUAGUUUGGACGGGCAUACUUCUACCCAGGCAACUGAUCACUUCUUGAUCCGAGUGGGCCAAAGGGACAAUCCAUUGGUAUUCACCUCUGCGAACUAUUCGACCUCCUUGUUGGGCCAAUAUGACAAUGGCACGCUCUACAUUCACCAUCGUGCAGCAGGCGCAAAUAAAUACCGCUACUCAACAAACUUUGGUUCCUCAUUCUCUGACUGGAAAGACUACCACGGAGGAAAUGAUACCAUUGAGGAAUUGCCCUGGAGUGGAACGGACAAGCAAAAGUGGCAAGGGAAGCACGUGCGAGUCGAAUAUUGGAAUAAGUUAACUGGCAGCAGUGACUACGCCCAAGAAGGCGACUCUGGAUAUGAUCGCCCACGACGCUUCCCCCAUUUAUUCUUCAACGGGCCGUUCAACCAAUAUGGAUACGAUGCCGGCUUGGACAACGUUGCGACGCAAGACAGUGAUGGUCUUUGGAAGUUCAGAUUCAUGGCUGAGUUCCCAGCGCAAGGACAGUUCAAUGUUUGGGGAAUGAAUCCAGACGGUCAACCAGACCAGAGCUACGUAUUCGGUGAUAUAGAUGAUGAUGGAGUGUUGGACCGUAUGCCCCCUUCUUCGCUUAGUUCUACGGUGGUAAACAUCACGGAUAUCCCUCCAUCUCCAUACUUGGCGUGGAAUCUUGGUGUUGACGACGGAACUCUGCGUGUUCAUCUUCUGCCAACGGGUUCAAGGACUAUCCAGAUGGUUGUGUACUUCCUCCUCUGGUUUGUUCCCCUCAUCACAGCCGUCGCUUGUGUCUAUGUCUUUGUGAAAUCCUUCUACCAAGUCAAAUUCAACCAAGUGGGAGUCAGCGAAAAGAAAUCAAUCCUCCCCUUGGCAUUCAGACGGAAAUCAAACCCGGACGGAAGCGGUGGAUCAAUCAAUCCUUUCAUGCGCCUUGCGAAUAAGUCUGGAUUCUUGCAGAGUACGCCUGCGUUUGGAACAGUAGCUUCACGAAGACGGACGACCUUGAUUGCCACCAUGGAAUAUGACAUUGAGGACUGGGCCAUUAAGAUUAAAAUCGGCGGUCUGGGUGUUAUGGCCCAGCUGAUGGGCAAACACCUUGGACAGCAGGAUCUAAUUUGGGUUGUUCCAUGCGUAGGCGGAAUUGACUACCCUGUCGAUCAGCCAGCUGAGCCCAUGUUCGUGACAGUCCUCGGAAAUUCCUACGAGGUGAAGGUGCAGUAUCACGUUUUGAAUAAUAUCACAUAUGUCCUUCUAGAUGCUCCUGUUUUUCGCCAACAAACCCAAUCUGAGCCAUAUCCCGCUCGAAUGGACGAUUUGGACAGCGCAAUCUACUAUUCAGCUUGGAACCAGUGCAUUGCACAAGCAAUCAGACGUUUCCCAAUCGAUCUUUACCACAUCAACGACUACCACGGAUCCAUUGCCCCGCUUUAUCUCCUUCCUCAAACGGUUCCUGUUUGUUUGUCGCUCCACAAUGCCGAGUUCCAAGGCCUGUGGCCGAUGCGCACCCAGAAGGAGAGGGAUGAAGUCUGUUCUGUUUUCAACCUUGAUCUUGACACUGCAAAGCGCUACGUCCAGUUUGGUGAAGUAUUUAACAUGCUUCAUGCUGGAGCAAGCUACCUCCGGUUGCAUCAACAAGGGUUUGGUGCGGUGGGCGUUUCUCGGAAAUAUGGUAAACGUUCUUAUGCCCGGUAUCCUAUCUUUUGGGGUCUGAAGAAGGUUGGGAAUUUACCGAACCCGGACCCUUCGGACACUGGUGAAUGGAACAAGGAGUUGCCGAAGGAUAGCGAGAUUCAGGUUGACCCGAACUACGAGGCGAGCAGAGGAGAGCUGAAGCGUCAAGCGCAGGAAUGGGCGGGCUUGGAUCAAAACCCAGAUGCCGACCUGUUGGUGUUUGUCGGAAGAUGGUCUAUGCAGAAGGGUGUGGAUCUUAUUGCUGAUGUUAUGCCUGCCGUUCUGGAAGCACGUCCUAAUGUCCAGCUUAUCUGUGUUGGUCCGGUUAUUGAUCUUUAUGGUAAAUUUGCUGCGCUUAAGCUCGAUCAUAUGAUGAGGUUGUAUCCUGGGCGUGUCUUCUCAAAGCCUGAGUUUACUGCACUUCCAGCGUAUAUCUUCUCUGGCGCUGAAUUCGCCCUGAUACCAUCUCGUGAUGAACCUUUUGGUCUUGUUGCUGUUGAAUUUGGCCGGAAGGGCGCCCUUGGUAUUGGCGCUCGUGUUGGUGGCCUCGGCCAGAUGCCAGGUUGGUGGUACAAUAUUGAGUCCACAACAACUUCCCACCUCUUGCAGCAGUUCAAGCUUGCGAUUGGAAGCGCACUUAACUCAAAGCCCCAAGUUCGUGCAAAGAUGCGUGCACGCUCCGCAAAGCAGCGUUUCCCUGUUGCUCAAUGGGUGGAAGAUCUGGAGAUUUUGCAGACAACUGCUAUGCGGAUUCACAGCAAGGGACAGGCAAAAUCGAACGGCGGGCCUCUCUCGCCUUCUGGUUAUAAUACACCAAGUGGAAUAAUAACUCCAAGUGGAAUGAUGACGCCUACGAUUGCAUCGACUGGUACAACGACCCCAACGGGGAUGCAGACACCUCCAAUCGCACACUCACGGGAAGGCAGCUACUCGAAUAUCAGCGUCAACCGCGACAGUGCAUAUGGGCCACAACAGCGCAACACAAUUGUAUACAGCCGUGACCCAAGCCCUGGAGGUAACGACGAGCCUAGGUUGAGCCUUGGUCGGCAACUGUCACUUGGAUUCCGGGCUGGACCAGGACAUAUUAACCUCCGUGGUCGUCGGCUCAAAAGAAGAAGCCAAAUGGGCAACGAGGAGAGUGGAACAGCGACCGAAGAAAGCAGUGAUGACGAUUAUUUCCGCGGAGACGAAGAAGUUACAAUUACGAGGGAGCAAGCAGAUGAAGGACGUCAUCAACGCAAUGCUCCGAGGUCGCUUGCAUCUCCUACAAACUCUUACUUUGAAGAAGGCAUAGCAUCUGGAAGGCCACCGUGGGCUCAACCUGGGAAUCGACUCAGUAGCGCAUCCGUUCUUUCUGUUGAUUCUGUCGUCGGUGAAAAGAAAGACUAUAAAUUGCAGAAAGUCGAUCCAUUUUUCACAGACGGUACUGGCGAAUACUAUCGAGUGUUUGAUCAGAGGCUUGAGAAGCUCAACGGAUCUAACUCCGAAUCCCAGCUUUGUAUAGAGGAGUAUCUGAUGAAGAGCGAAAAGAAGUGGUUCGACAAGUUCAGAAACGCAAGAUUGGGGCGCAAUCAAUCUCCUGCUUCUUCGAUUUUCCAGACCAAGGGCGAAAACAACACACAUAUGAGCUCAAUAUCCCACGAGGAUCUGGGCUCAAAUGAAAGCGGUAGCGAUCCACGCGCAGAAAAGGAUGAGUUCCUUCUGGGGCGAGACUAUAUCCCCCCCUCGGGCCUAAAGAAGUGGAUGCAAAUUCGAAUCUUUGGCUGGCCUGUGUAUUCGUUUUUCCUUGGUCUCGGUCAGAUUAUUGCAGCUAACUCAUACCAAAUUACCCUGCUUGCUGGUGAAAAUGGCCAGACGGCUGAGAAGCUCUAUGGUAUUGCGACAGUAUACCUUGUCACUUCUAUUAUCUGGUGGUUUUUCUUCCGCUUCUUCAAGUCGGUGUUUGUCCUUUCCAUACCUUGGUUCUUAUACGGCGCAUCAUUUGUCAUCAUUGGAUUAGCACACUUUGAGUCGAAUGGCUUCGCUCGUGGAUGGAUCCAGAAUGUGGGAAGUGGUGUUUAUGCCGCCGCUUCUUCUAGUGGAUCACUGUUCUUCGCUCUCAAUUUUGGCGAUGAAAGCGGUGUUCAGGUUAAAGACUGGGUUUUCCGCGCAUGCCUCAUCCAAGGUACUCAGCAAGCAUAUGUUAUUGGACUGUGGUACUGGGGAACGACAAUCUCCAGUGCUGCCGCCAAUGGAGUUACCAACGUCAACGGCGGCAUCGUCAACUCCUGGAAAAUGACAGCAAUCUGCAUGCCAAUCGCUGCAUUCCUCUGGGCCAUUGGUCUGAUCAUCUUCUUCGGCCUGCCAAAUUACUACCGCCAGUCACCUGGAAAAGUUCCAUCAUUCUACAAAUCCGUCUUCCGGCGCAAGAUCGUUCUGUGGAACUUCGUGGUAGUCAUCUUGCAGAACUUCUUCCUCAGCGCACCUUAUGGACGGAACUGGGGCUUCCUUUGGAGCUCAAACCAUGCUGAAGCCUGGCAAGUCGGCAUCCUCGUCAUUGUCUUCUUCGGCGUCAUCUGGGUAGCAGUGUUAACCAUGUUUGGAUACCUCUCCAAGCGCCAUAGCUGGAUUCUACCUGUAUUUGCAUGCGGUCUGGGAGCUCCACGUUGGGCCCAGAUAUGGUGGGGUGUCUCUGGAAUGGGUCUCUUCCUUCCCUGGGCUGGCAGUUCUGUUAGCGGAGCACUCGCAUCACGAAGUUUAUGGCUCUGGCUCGGUAUUCUUGAUGCCCUACAGGGCCUCGGCUUCGGCAUGAUUCUUCUCCAGACCCUCACACGAGUACACAUCGCCUUCACCCUGCUUGCAUCCCAAGUGCUGGGCUCCAUCGCAACAAUCGUUGCCCGAGCAUGUGCUCCAAACAACAUCGGCCCCGGACCAAUCUCGCCGGAUGUUACUGCCGGUGGCAGUUCCGUCGCAAACGCUUGGUUCUGGAUCGCCUUGUUCUUCCAGCUGUUGAUCUGCGCCGGAUUCCUCCUAUUCUUCCGGAAAGAGCAACUCACCAAGCCCUAA